GAAAUAAAACAAAGUUAUGGUACACAUAUUACCAUAUUAUCAGAAGAUACAGUUUUAAAGGAAAUAAAGAACUUCAAUGAAUACAUUGAUAUUGAAACUUUGAAAAAAGCAUAUGCAACCAUGUCAAGUUCACAAUAUUCAAUACAUUCUAAGCAUGGACCACAAUUAAAAACCACUAGAAAAUGUAAUGAUAAGGGGAUACUUAUUCAAAAUUAUUCUGUUCAAUUAACACCAGUAUGUCAUAAACGUUUACCAAAUGAUGAACAUGAAUUAUGUGAAGCUAUUUCAGCAAUACUUAAUGCCCUGGAUCUUCUUCAUGAAAGAG